CACUGAUUCACAUCUCGCCGCGGAACACCAUUGAGAGGAACAGAACACAAUACAGCAUGUUCCUACUCCGAAUGAACCAUUUUAAUGUGUAGAACCCGUAUUUUGUGCGACUCUUUCACGUAGGUCAUCGAGAUGCGAAUGCGCUCUUCAUUGAGGAGCAGCGGACUGGCGCGAGCGUGUUAUUAUUAAUCAGCUUUCAUAAGGCGCGCGAGCUGGACACUUCUGUCAGACAGGUGUUUCGUUUGUGUUUCGACCACCUGCUCUGGUACCAUGAUGUUAGGGCAGUCUCCUCACCUUAUCGGGGGAAUCCUCUGGAUUCAAAACCCAAUGCGAGCUGUUCACUGCAAUCUGACCCAGAAUGGGAUUGACCAUCAGGUGUGUGCAGAGGAUGUGACCUCACACCUGGAGGAAGUGUCUGUUGAUCAUGGACUGGAUGAUGACAGCCAAGGCUUUCAGGACCAGAGUCCUGGUUUCCAGCGACGAUCUCCACCUCAGCGCUCCGUCUCAGAAUCUGAGCUCUCCAGGCUGGGAACUGUGAAGCUGUCCAAACCCGUGGCCCUGUGGAGCCAGCAGGACGUGUGUAAAUGGCUGAAGAAACACUGUCCCAAUCAACACCAAGUCUACAGUGACUCCUUCAAGCAGCACGACAUCACAGGUCGAGCUCUGAUGAGGCUCACUGACAGGAAGUUGGAGCGUAUGGGCAUCAUGCAGGAGAGUCAGAGACAGUACAUCCUACAGCAGGUCCUCCAGCUCCGUGUCAGAGAAGAGGUCCGCACUCUGCAGCUGCUCACGCAAGAUGCACUCCCCAACAAAAUCUAGAAUGAUUCUUUCUUUCCAAGUAUUAAUCUGCCUCUCUGGAGAGUUCACCGUAACUUGAGCAUUCCAGGAGAUCCUCCGUUCCUUGUCCAUCUUCUCAGACGUCCACAGCACACACCAGACUGCAGUCUUCCUUCAGUCUACUUCUCUCAAAACUCUCCUAAAGCAGAUCUAGACCCUCCCUCUGAUCAAAACAAUCCUAAAAAGGACCCAACUGAUCUUCAGUAGCUCUUUAUAGCAUAUCAGUUCCAAAUUCGAAGAAUCGCCUGGACUACUGAUGUUCCCUUUUGGACAAUGUAAAAGACUUGCUGCUGAAUUGUCUUGUUUGUUAUAUGUAAUCCUGAUGUGUAGCACUUUAACCUCUUUCUUCCUGCCAGUGUUCAGCACACAGCCUGUUAGCAAAUCUGACUAGCAUGAUGUUCUAUGACACGCCCUGAACUUCCUGCAGAUAGAUCGAUCUAUCUGUCUAUCUAUCUAUCUAUCUAUCUUAUCUAUCUAUCUAUCUAUUUAUCUAUAUCUAGGUAGCUAGGUAGAUAGCUAUCUGGCUAACUAGCUAUCUAAAUGGGUAGCUAUCUAGCUAAUUAGCCAUCUAUAGCUAACUUGUCUGUCUAUCUAUUUAGCUAGCUAGCUAGCUAAUUAGCUCUCUGUAUAGCUAACAUGUUUAUCUAGCUAGCUAUGUGUUAUUGAAAUAUACAUUUAUAGCUAGCUUUGCAGCUUAUUAGCUAUCUAGAUAGGAAAACAAGCUGUCUAGCUAGCUUUCUUUACCUGUAAACAUUCGAAAUAGCAACAUGUGGACUCCACCCUUUGCACGUCUAAAUAUUACUUGUCUUUUCCUCUCUCUUGUGUCUGCCAUCUCUUAGUAUAAUGUAAACUGUCUGGUCGGCUUGCUUGGUUAGUCGUCUUUAUGUCUUUGUAUGUCCCCGAGCUUGAAUUCCUUCGCCAUCCAUCAAAAGCUGAACUGAACUGAACUGCACUGUGACUGUGACCAGGUCUCUUAAAAAGACAAGCUCACCCUUCCACAGGGAGCUGUGUUCCACCCCAAAUCCUUCUUUCAUUGCCGGACCAAAUGCAUUAUACUGUCAUCUCUUGAUCCGGAGCCAAUCUUGGAGUCCGACUCAUGGUGGAAUUCAAUUAGAAGGCAGGAUGAAGCAACUGAGCUCAGAGCUGUGAAACUGCAAAGAAUCAGAAAUGGGAGACGAUUCUUCUUUCUUUUUUUUUGGUUAUGAAGGCAGGAGAAAGAAGGGGAAAAAUAGAUGACAUGUCUCUCUGAAGUCUCAUCCUGCCAUUGGGAGAGACAGGGAAAGGAAGGGAAUGUACUUUUAGGCAUGGAACGGCAUUAUUAAAAAGUGUAUAAACCAGACAGAGUGUUAUUUUGGAGAAAAGAGGAUGCAAGAUGCCUGUCACUAGGAGCCUUGAACUUUCCAUUCACUGUAUCUUUUUGAAUAGAAAUCCUCACAAAGGCAUCACUGUUAAUAUGACAUGGCCAUUCACUGUUACCUUUUUAACUUGGAAGCACAUGGAAGUACUGAAGCAAAUGAACUGUGUCUUUGUACCCUUUGAUCGUUGUCACCUUUGUAUCAAACCUCCAUUACUUACAAGAGCCUCAGGCAUCAACAAGGCUUCUCACCACAAAGAGACUUACCACAAUUGUAGCAUGACUCCGCAAUAUUGCACACCUUCCAGAAAGGUGCCGACACAGUCGCCGAUAAAAGUCCAUGACAGCGCAGACCCGCCACUGAUUAACCACAGUGGCUCCGGUUGUUUUUUAGGGCUACAGUAAUAGGUUACAUGCUGCCGAUCGUAGCAUCCGGCCAUGCCUAUGAUGGAAGGUUUGCCUUACAAAAUGCUUUAGAUUGCAAUGAGAUCCAAAAAUUGAGUGCUAUCGAUUAGAUCUUGUCGAUUAGAUCUCAUAUUGGCUCUUGUCUGGCUCACAAGAUGGAGUCAAUACUGGGAAUCUGGGGAAAAGCAUGUUCCAAUUAAAAACUAGCUACCAUUUCAUGCCUUUGUGGGGCCUUGGUGUUUUUUAUAGCUUAGAGAGGGCUCAACACCAGAGGCUUUUGAUGACUGAGGGAACUUGUGAAGGGCUGAGAGGGUGAAAACUGAAAUGGUCAUUGGUUUUAUAGCUGCUAAACUAGUAUAGAUCUCACUAUAUAGAGAAUUUGUGGUUCCUUAGAGAGAUGUUUUUAAAAGGAAAUCACAUUUUGACUCAAAAUGGGUUUGUCUUGGACAGAGCCAGAGUAGGAAGUGACAAACAUUACGCAAGCAACUCUAUAUCAGCUCUAAAAGACACUGAACGAGAGUUUGUGUUCUUUUCAUGUGGAUUAGAUUAUUAGAUGGCAAGAUGUUCACC